CUUCGACACACUUUGCCUCUUUGGUGCCGGGUGGGCGGAGCCAAGGGAUCCCGGGAGGGGGCGUGGCCAGCCCUUCUUCCUCCGCGCGCGCCAUGGGCCUGCUCAGCAUCCUGAAGAAGAUGCGGCAGAAGGAGAGGGAGCUGCGGCUCCUGAUGCUAGGCCUGGACAACGCAGGCAAAACGACCAUCUUAAAGAAGUUCAACGGGGAAGAGAUCGACACCAUCUCGCCCACUUUGGGCUUCAACAUCAAGACGCUGGAGCAUCGCGACUUCAAGCUCAACAUCUGGGACGUGGGGGGCCAGAAGUCCCUGCGCUCCUAUUGGCGCAACUAUUUUGAGAGCACGGACGGGCUCAUCUGGGUGGUGGACAGCGCUGACCACCCGCGGCUGGAGGACUGCAAGCGGGAGCUGCAGAGUCUUCUGGUGGAAGAGCGCUUGGCCGGAGCCACGCUGCUCAUCUUUGCCAACAAGCAGGACUUGCCGGGCGCUUUGACCGCCACCGCCAUCCAAGAAGCUUUGGACCUGGACAGCAUCCAGAGCCACCACUGGUGCAUCCAAGGCUGCAGCGCCUACACCGGAGAGAACCUCUUGGCCGGCAUCGAUUGGCUUUUGGACGAUAUCUCCAGCCGGAUUUUCACCGCCGAAUGAGCAAAAAAAAGGGCGUGUGAUCCAUCAUUUCCCCAUUCCGCUAUAAUUCGGACUGCACUUCGGACUGAUUACGAAUAUGGCUUUUCCUACACUGCAGGGCACCACUGUCAUAGACUCCCCUUGGGGUUUUCCUCCUCCACCCCUUUUUCCCUCUGUGUGUCAUAAAAAGCUUAUUAAUAAAAAACUGUGAUGCUUGUUGUCAAA